CCCAUUGUACCUCACAAUUACAAGACUCCAUAUGAUGCAGAUUAUUACUACUAUGGAACCAGGAAUCCAUUAGAUCCUCAUCUUCCUCACAAUCCAAAUGGUCUGCCCGGGGGGAAUCGGCAGUCUGAGAAUUCCAAGAUUCUGUCUCAGAGAACGCGUCCUCUCAGAUCCAGUGGCCAAAAUGAAGAAACUCAUCAACAUGGAGCAUCUGCUCUGGUUUUUGAAGAACUUCAUGCAGAAAAGUCAAAGCAGAGGAGAGAGAGUGUACUGAGCUACCAAGAGACACUCAGACAGCAGAUUAAAGAAAGAGAGGAGCAUAGAAGACUAGAGAAAGAAGAAACAGCACGACUCAAUGCCAAGAUACAGGCUGAGAUGAGGGCAUACAACCCCUGGGGGAGAAGUGGAGGAGGAGGCGCUCCAAUUAGAGACCAAAAAGGCAACCUUGUUAGUGACCUGAAUCACAUGCACAGGAUCAAUGAGGCAUCAUAUAGGAAUCCUGUGCCCACUCCUGGCACUGAAACUAGUUCUCCCAUUUCCCAUCGACUAACAGGUUUCAAGGAUGAGACACUUCAACAGCAGGACAGUUACAGAGCAGCCCUGAAACAGCAGAUAGAGGAAAACAAGAGAAAACAGCAAGAGGAAAGAGAACAGAUUAGAAUUGAGGAGGCGAAAGAAGAGAAGAGGCUGGCCAUGCAGAGGGCACGCUUACAGGAGGAAUAUGAGGAGGAGCAAAGGAAAGAGAAAAGGAGGACUGAGCAUAAGCUGAAAAACCAAGGCUGGAUCCAUGAAGCUGAAACACAUCGCCAGAAGCAAGAAAAGGUGGUGAUGCAGGAAAACGAGACUAAGAAGGUACCUCAGACCACCAGGGUGGAGAAAGACUCACGGUUGAAUUAUGAGAGGCAGCCCUCUCCGCCUAUCCCAACCUUGCAGAAAAAGCUGGCAAAUCUUGCGCCAUAUAGGCCCUCCUCUGUUUUGAGCCAGCGGUCAUCCAGAACUAAUCGCUCAGUGUCAGCACCGCACCACCGACCACCCGAUGAAAUUCCCAGCCAGCAGGAUGAUCAACAGGAAGUAAUCAGAAAGCUGUCAGCCCUCCGUGGUUAUCUGAGGAAAGAGCAGCGACAACUGGAGGUUCAGAUGGGUCGCACGGAUUCACACGAGACCCACUACAAUCUGGUAAACAGAAGACGACCGAGGGCGGAGGGCCUUAAAUCUGCACAUAGAGAAGCUGUCCUGUCUUCAGCUAGGAGUCCUUCUCCAGUUGAUGCACAUGCUAACAGGCAAAACAUCAGGGAGUUCAUCCAGCUUAAACACAGAGGUACGACAUCUCGUGAGGAGGUUCGAACCCUGUACCCUGACCCUCCCGCAGACACACAAAGUCUGGACAUUCAGCAGCAGGCCCUUCUACGUGAACAACAGCACAAAAUCAGGCUAAUGAGGAGACAGGAAGAUGACUUCUUGGGCCGUCAACUAGGUCAUUAUUAUCCUAUCAAGAACCCUGGACGUGCCACUCACAGAAACCCCAUAUUGCCAUCAGAGAGUUCUUUUAUUGGUUACAGUGGUGAGGCACGUGAGCAGAGAUCCCUUCAACCCUCAGCAGAGCACCAGGAGAGGACGGCACUUAACUAUGAUGAGGUGGCUGACAAGGGGGGUGAUAAUCUGCCAGCAGUACCCAGUCACAACAACCAGAACAAAUGCCACAUUACGAGGCCAGACUCCCACUCUGGUGAUCACAGCGUAAAAGACUGGCUGCCCGGUGAUGAAGAGGACAUGUCGUCGCUGGGCUCUGCCAUGGGGAGGCGUGUCUCUGUGGACACUGUUGCCACGGAACUGUGGCUGCGGCCUGGAACGUCAGACGCUGUAAAGCAGUGAGGCUGUAGCAACAGGAUAAACAGGCGGAUGGGAGCUCCACACAAACUUAAACACUGCAUUGCACAGCUCCCAUUGGUGGCUCUCUAAACUGGAAAUGCACAGCCACCUUUUCUGCAAAUGCAGGUGGGGGUUCUCAUGAGAACUGAUGUCCUUCCUGUGCAGUGCUUUACUGACUUACACUUUACUUGUGUGCUGUUUCUAUUUGCUCUCAUUGGAGACCAGAGUCUGUAAAAACAUUGACUAUUAGAUCACAGAAGAAACAGUUAAUACAAAACUCACUGUGGCCAAUUCCUCUUUACCUUCUACAUUUAGCACAUUAGCAUUUUGUAAAGGUGGGAUUCAGUUAAUGAAUAAAGUCAUGGUGUUUUUGAGCAAUAAAAAUGUUACUGUAAUGU